AUGGCUAUGGAUUCAUGCAGCAUAAAAACCAAAACAAAUGAACUGCACCGAGUCAAGGAAUUCAGAGAUCUGGUGAACAACAUCAAAGAUUUUAGUGGAGAUGAAAAGAUUGCAUUUGAGUACAAGCUUAUUUUGUUCUUUGAGCAAGUUUUUGAAACAUCUAAAAGUGACAUUGUUAAGUAUGUGAAGAUAUAUCAUGAUGCAGAGCCUAGAUACCUGCAUAAACAAUCUUUAAGUAUGUUUAUGAAGAAAAACGAGUUGGUGAAUGAUUAUGUUGCAUCUGUGUUUACUUGUAUAUCAGGUAUUCUUCCGAUUGGAUUUGUUGAGAUUCUCUUUGAAAACGAGUGUAUAUGCAAAUACUAUGAUAAGGUACUACAGAGAAUAUACGGGAGUAUGAAAAGAACCAGGAAAAGACUGGCAAUUGAAGAGCAUGAUCCUUAUGCUGUCAAAAGUAUAAGCAAAGACACAAUAUCUAAUAUGAUGAAAUAUCCAGGACUGAUGUUGUAUUUUACAAAGCAUAUGAUGCAGAUGUCAGAAGAUCAAAGAAUACAUUUGAUAGUGAACUACCUGAAACGAGAAGAUUUUGAAUAUUACCUGAAUGUAUUGGCUGAUGAAUGUAAUGAUGUGAAGUAUAAAGAAGUGCUUGAUGAGUAUAUCAAUAAUGGAGUUACAGCAGAAAAAUCUGCAGAAUAUCAUGUGUUUAUGAGCCUGUAUCGAUACAUAAAGACAAGCAAAGAUGAUCAACUAAUGUUCAAAAAAAUACUCAGAAAUUAUAAUGCAGUGAAAUUUAUUGAGGACAGUAUAGGCGAAAUGUUUGUUAGUAGAACGAUAGGAUACAUAGCAUGCCGAGCGGAUGAAGUUGAAAUGUGCAGGCCAAUUAUAUAUUCAGUGUUGAAAGCGAGUGAUUCUCGUGAAAUUAGCGAUAUUGUGUGGAAUGUACUGAAGGACAAGCGAAUAAUGUUUCUAGAAUGCAUUGAAAGAUUCAAAGUGCCUAUAGAUCAAAGUCUUGCAAGCAUUCUUAUGCACUCUAAGGGUAUUCAUCAAAGUAAGCGGGUGUCCAUAUCUAAGGCAAUGAGCUAUGGAGAAGGAAUAUAUCGGAAUGAAGCAGUGCAGUAUAUCAAUGACAUGUUUGUACUAAAUGAAAUAGUAGACAUGGUUUUGAAUACACAAGAAGAUGAAAGAGAUGUUCUAUUGGAAUGUAUAUACAGAAAGUCACUGUUAGGAGAAUUUGAUGCAAGAGUACUGCGCAUUGAAGAUGCAGAAUGGAUUGACAAGACUUUGGAUGAAAUGUUCAAAACAAUGGAUCCUGGGAUGUAUGAGGUUUUAAUCAGUAAUAGGCCCGAGAUGGCGUUUAAUUACUGCUUUAGGCACCCUGAGCUGCGCAAAAGAUACUUUGAUGGGGUUGAUAAGAUGAAAUGCACUGUUGAAGAAGCAAUAUUCAUACACAAGAUCCUGAAGGAAGAAUUUAACACCAAGAAUAAUUGUGAUACAAUGGUUAAUUCAUAUGCAGGUUUUGUAUAUAGAGAUGAAAAUAUAGGGAAUGAGAUCUACAUGGCCAGUGUACUUGCUAAUCCAAAACAGAUUGGAAAUACUCUUGAGUUUGUGUAUCUUCUGACGUUGAUUCGCCCGGAUGACGCAAAAUACUAUUUUUGUGAAUAUUUCAAAGAGAUCUGCUCUCAUGCAAAUUGCAUGUUGAUGACUGAGAAUGAUUCAUUGAGUGGAGGAGUGCAUGAUGUACUUGGAUUUGAUGACUUAAGAAUGGUGUACUCGAUACCUGUUUAUAGAAUGCUUGAGUAUAUUUUUUCAACACAUUUAAAAGACAAGUAUCUUGUUUAUGCGACUAUGGAUGACCUGAUUAAUGCAAUAUACACUGGUGAACAAUGCUUUAGACUGCUGAUACUGAAAGCCAUGAAUUCGAGUGUGGUUACUCCACAACAUCUCGUUGAUUUUAUUGGCAUGGUUACUGUUCUUAUUCACGAUUCAAAUGGUCAGGUAUGCCAUGAAAGCCGAAGGCUUCUUAUGGAGAUUCCAGUUGCAUCGCCUGAGCUGAAGUGCUUGAAGUCGCAAAUGAUUCAAUCUAUAAUGGACAGAAUAUAUGCAAAGUCAUUUUUUGAUGCAUUUAAGACUCAGCAGUUCAAUCAUUAUGUCUGCUUUAAUGGACUGAAUUUACUUGUACAAGCACUUAAUACGCAUAUGAAGGAGUUUCGCACGGAUGUGUUUCCGAUUCUGAAGAGUUUGAGGUUUUUUGUUCAUCCUAAUGAUUUGAAGUCAGUAAUACCGGUUAUAUUUGAGCAUCUUUCAUUAUUUGUGAUUGAAAAUGCAUUUUAUAAUGAUGAGUGCUGUGAAGUUGUAUCGUCUCUGAUGAGAUUUGGAGCACGCAUAUCAUUUGAGAGUUUAUUGAAUAGUAUAAGCCAGUCUCUUAGAGUUAAUAAGUUUCUUGUGAAGAGUUUAAGGUCAUGCUCGGAGGAAGUGAUUGACGAGGUAAUCAGUGAGAUUAUAAGAAGAGGAUCAAAUAAGCAGGAAGAAUGCGAGUUUUACAUAGAACCGUUCUUUCUUGCGUAUGCACCCGAGCUUUCUGUUUUUGAAAAGUACAUUCCUGUGUUUACGCCAUUUCUCAAGAAACUCUUUGUAGAUAGCGACCACACAAAACAAGAGAUUGCAUUCAAAGCAUUUGAGACGAUGGACGUGACAGACUUUCUGUUGUAUUGUUGUAUUGUAGGGCAGUGGAAGUCGCGAUUACAAUGCAUAGAACUUUUUGAAAAGAAAGAAGUUGCCGAUAGUCGGAUGUUGGCGAUGCUUUUUAUCCUUAGGAAUGACAUACACUCUACGUUGAGAAAGCGAGCAUUUGAGAUAUGGAAGUCAAGAAUAUCUAACACAAAUUUGGCGCUAAAAGAUAUCUACACGAUUAUUCUUGGAUGCCUAAAAUACCAAGGGUGCUCAGGAUCAUUUCAUGAUGCAAUCGAAGGAGCAUUGAUUGAUAUAGUUGUAAAGUAUACAAAGUAUGCUGAAAAGUAUGUUAGAGAUGUUAUAGAGCAUAUGGAAUCAGGAUGUGUUGAUGAUAAUAUAGCAAAUCCAUUGGGAACUGGAGAAGACCUGCAUAUGCUGAAUAGUGUAAGUGAAAGCGAAGUUGUUGAAGCAAUACUAAUUGAAUGUGUAAAGGCACAAAAGUGUGUUGAUCUUGCACUAGAGUUUAGUAUUCGUAAAUGUUCAAUAGGCAUAUUUAAACUAUUGCUGAAUAAUUCUCAGUACAGAAGCAGAGUGAUUGAUGUGAUUGGAGAAAGGAUUGAUGACCCGGCCAUUUGCCAGCUAUUUCUAGGCAAUGAUCAGCUUGUGCAUGACCUAUUUUUAAUGACUAAGAAGACGUUUCUAUUCAAGUUUCUGAGUAAUUUUCACAAGGCAAGUCUUGCAGAGCUUCUAUUUGAGUCUGAGCAUGAGAAUGCAGAAUACAUCAAAGAGCUUAUGAGAUGCUCUGAACCAUCCAAGAGAAUGGAGCAGCUUUUGCUGGCACACAAGCCAAUAUACACGUCUAUUUUGUAUGGAAACCUUGAGAGAGCACAAGACUAUGGAAGUGCUGUUGAUCUAUUCAAGAGAGCAUUUGAUGCGCUUGAAUAUAUGGAUCUCACACCGUUGAUCAAAACUCAGUAUCUAGAGUAUUUAUUGUGUGUUUCAUAUAAGAAUGUAAAUGAACUACAGGAAUUGGUUGAUGUGCUGUGUACAGUAGAUAGUAUAAAAGCCUUAGAAAGACUGAAUGAGGUUAUUGGACAUAUGAAUGUUAGAGAUAUCUUUGCUGUGUGUGGACACCUUCUACGAAACUAUCUGUCAUAUGAAAAACGCGAGCCUGUGAUUACUUGUCUUAAGACACUGGAUAAAAAGUAUCAGAAUUCUUUGGGUGUUUUUGGAUUGAUGAUUGAUCGCAUAUUGCGUAAUGAUAAAUACUGA